UAGAGGUAUUCGACGAGAGGAACUGGAGAAAAAUUCAAUAAUUUGGAAGUGGGAGAUGCAAGGAGGCAGCACACCUGGCUCGUGCGUAAUAUGGAUACUGCUGCCACGGUCUCUUGAAGAACUGCUGUCACACUAGUGCUCCACCACUGAAGAAGAAGACACCGACUUGUUUUGUGGAUUUACAUCUCAGAACAAUCAAAAGUGUGACACUUACACUUUGCUGCUGGUCGUUUUGAGUGUCCACACACUACACUACACUACAGUAGCUCAGCGCCCUCCAGUCAAAGAUGACAGACAGGGCCCCAUGGUGGAAGGCUUUCAUGCCAAAGAAGAAGAGCGGAGGCUCCAAGGACACCAGUUCAUCCCACACCUUUGACGUUGACUUCGACCCUUUUGCACAAGCCGCUGAGAAGCAAAAAGACCCCACAGCCUCCAAGACCGGCGGCGACCAGUCCCUGUCUCAUCAAGAGUCCAACAAGACCUCCAGCAUCCUCCGUAAUGACACCUAUGACGACUCCCACCUGGAGUCUGUCUUCAACGAGCAGACGUGUCGCAGGAACAUGAACGUGUCACGUUCGGGCCGGUUCAAGGAGAAGCGGAGGGUGCGCUCAAGCCUUCCUGUACAAAACAAAGAGACAGAGAAUGUUGCAUCAGGGAGGGAGGACAUGCGGUGACAGUGAGGAGGAGUAGAUGAUCAAAGACUGCUUUGUUUUGAAAGAUGCUUGAAGAAAAAGAGAGGGCUUUGAGUUCAUGAAGAUGCUUCAUUUUUUUUGAGGCAUUCCAAGAGGUCUGCUGUAUGUUUGUGAUGAUGAAGAUGACAAGGAGCAUUCAACUUUUAGCACAAUACUGCAAGAAUGAGGUUAUGUGGUCCAUGAAAUAUUGGAAAUGUGGACAUUUUUGUUGAUAGACCUUUGCCAGAAGGCCACAGAAACAAUGAUAAAUGACCUGAAAUCAAUUAUAUUUGUUCUUAGGGUGGUUACCGAACCAUUUUGCCAACAAUAUCCCGCAGCUCAAAAGAAGAUAUACAAUGUUAUUGCUGUAAACACUUAAGAGCCUAUGUAGUCAAUGCCUUACAGUGUCCUUGUUUCAGUCACGUACUGUGUCAUCAAUGGACAACUCCUAAAAUUACCGACAACCUUUUAAGAAAACACAAACCUCGAAUGCAAUUUUCUGUGUGAUAUGCUCCUGGAAAAUAUUGUUGAUGUUUACAUUAUUUCGAUAAUAAUAAUAUUUUAUGUUUGCUAAUGAAGGAUAAGUACAAUGCUCCUUAUACAAAAAAAAUGUUGAUUCUAAAGGGUUAGAAGGAUAUUUAUGAAGGUGUAAAAGGAUUUCAUAAUUAUGUGUGAAAAGAAAUCAGUUAGCAGAAUAAAUCAAAUGAUGCGAACAGCUUUUAGUCAGAUGCACUUGCCAGCACGAUGCAUAAAAUACUUUGAAUGAAGGAUGAAAUCGAGCAUGUUUUAUGACAUAAUGGGUCCAGCUGAAGUAAGAAGCUAUUAUGUUGUGAUAUCCAGCUGAAUGAGCUAUGGCCAUGUAGCCAAAGAAGUAGGAUCCAGAUGUAGUUUGCUUUGCAGGACUACUGUAUUUGGGACCACCUGUGAAUACUUAAAUGAAGGCAAAAUAUGAGAAAUAAAUCAGAUAACU